GCCACAGUAUAUCAGCUGUAGCAAAAAGAAAAAAAAAUCUCCAUCAUCCAGAAACAACCAGUAAAGAUAAGUUUGUGAUAAAAACCAGCAGAUUACAAAAAGAGGUAAUUGAUGAAAAAAUUGCCCGGUUUGUUUAUGCAACAAACUCUCCUUUCCAUAUGAUUGAGAACCCACACUUCAUUAACAUGGUUCAGUCACUCAGACUGGGAUACAGUCCACCAACAGAGCAGAUGUUGCAGGCAAAUUUGGAUAAAGUGUAUGAAAGAAAAAUUGAGCAGUAUGCAAAAAGUUUAGAGGGUAAAAUUGUUAACCUGAGUCUUGAUGGGUGGAACAAUGUCCAUAAUGAUCCUGUUGUAUGUGCUUGUGUGACAACAGAAGAAGGGAAUGUCUUCCUUACAGAAACAAUUGCUACAUCAGGAAAUGCACACACAGCAGAAUACUUACAAGAAGUAGCAGUAAAAGCUAUAACAAAGUGUGAAAAAAAUUUCAAAUGUCUGGUAUGCAGUUUGGUCACAGAAAAUGCUGCAAAUAUAUCCAAAAUGAGAAGAAAUUAUUUAGAAGAGCAUGAAGAGAGUCCCAAGCUAAUAACAUACGAUUGCAGUGAUCAUGUGAUGCACCUCCUAGCCAAAGACUUCAGUGUUCCAGAAAUAAAGGCUAAUGUUGUUGAAAUUGCAAAAUAUUGCAGCGGCUGCUCUGAAAAGAGUGGGAGGAACCAAGCUAAUUCUCCCACAAGACAUGCGGUGAAACUCAGUAGUGGACUGUUUUGAGCACUAUAUCAAGAACUGGCCUAAUCUGAUGACAGUUUGGAACAAAAUCAUGAAAAAAUAGAUGGUACUGUCGCAGCCAAAGUUCUCAACGUUGAUCUUAAGAGAAAUGUUGAACGCAUGCUGAGUACCCUGAAGUCUAUUUCCGUAACCUGGAACAAAAUGCAGGGAAAUAGCUGUUUUAUUGCUGACGCUGUUGAAAUUUGGAAGGAACUGAGUGAGAUCUUAAAAUGAGAAAUAUGCAAUGACAGAGUUAAAUUACAAGCAUUAAAAAAACAAAUGGGACAAGCACUAUUUCCAGCUUAUUUUCUUGCAAAUAUUCUCAAUACUUGGUACCAGGAUCAAACCUUAACUGCUGAAGAAGAGGAGUUGGCUAUGACAUGGACAUCCAGCAAUCAUCCCUCCAUAAUGCCAACUAUAAUAAACUUCAGAGCUAAGGAUGAACCAUUCAAGAAAUAUGUUUGCUGAUGAUCUUUUAAAGAAAGACACAAGAGUUAACUAAUGGAUUUGGAGUCUUCAAUCCAUUUUCAACAGAAAAGCACUGUUAAAGUCUCUGUAAUCAGAAAUAAGGUGUCAGAUGGGGGUUUCAACUCUUUUUUGUUUUAAGCACUUGGAUUCAGAGACUGCUGAAGUGAUAAUCUCACUUUUAACAGCAGUAGCUUCUUCAGCCAGUGUAGAAAGAAUAUUUUCUUCCUUUGGACUAAUUCAUUCCAAAUUGAGAAAUCAUUUGGGACCUGAAAAGCUUGUUUUUUCUUUCCCAGAUUAUGACCAAACAGGAAAAUGAAGAUGCAAGUGGUAACCGAGUUAAAAACUGAACAAGACCCAAACUGCUCUGAAACUGAUGCAGAAGGAGUGAGUCCUGCCCCUGUAGAAUCUCAGACGCCAAUGGAUGCAGACAAGCAGGCCAUUUACAGGCACCCACUGUUUCCAUUGUUAGCACUAUUGUUUGAAAAAUGUGAACAAUCUACACAGGGCUCAGAAGGCACUACCUCUGCUAGUUUUGAUGUAGAUAUUGAAAAUUUUGUAAGGAAGCAGGAGAAGGAAGGAAAACCCUUUUUUUGUGAAGAUCCAGAGACUGAUAAUUUAAUGGUAAAGGCAAUCCAGGUGCUACGUAUUCAUCUGCUUGAGCUAGAAAAGGUUAAUGAACUCUGCAAGGAUUUCUGUAGUCGUUACAUUGCCUGUCUGAAAACUAAAAUGAACAGUGAAACUCUACUAAGUGGAGAACCUGGAAGUCCUUACUCACCUGUACCAUCACAGCAAAUUCAAAGUGCCAUUGCAGGCACACUCAGUCCCCAAGGGAUUAUGGUGCCUGCAUCAGCAUUGCAGCAGGGAAAUGUAACUAUGGCAACAGUAGCAGGGGGUACAGUGUAUCAGCCAGUCACUGUGGUCACUCCACAAGGUCAAGUAGUGACACAAGCACUGUCACCUGGGACAAUUAGGAUCCAGAAUUCACAGGAUAAUACUGCAAGAGAACUUCCACCACUACCACUGCAGCUUCAGUUACAGUUAAACCAAGAUCUAAGUAUCUUGCAUCAAGAUGAUGGCUCGUCAAAAAAUAAGAGAGGGGUUCUUCCAAAGCACGCUACUAAUGUGAUGAGAUCUUGGCUCUUUCAGCACAUAGGGCAUCCAUAUCCAACAGAAGAUGAGAAAAAGCAGAUUGCAGCCCAGACAAAUCUUACACUACUGCAGGUUAACAAUUGGUUUAUCAAUGCUAGAAGACGAAUUCUUCAGCCAAUGCUGGAUUCCAGCUGUUCUGAAACUCCAAAAACAAAGAAAAAAACAGCUCAAAACAGACCAGUUCAGAGGUUCUGGCCUGAUUCCAUUGCAUCAGGAGUUGCUCAGCAGCAAUCUAAUGAACUUACAAUGUCAGAUGAGUGGAAGAGCCAGACUUGUUACAUGGGGCCUCCUGACUCUCCACGCUGUUCUCAUUCCUGCAGACCACACUGCCUUACUGCCCAAGGAGCUGUUGUAACAAUUACAGCUCCAGUCAACAUGAAUGUAGACAGUCUCCAGUCUCUGUCAUCUGAUGGUGCUACUUUGGCUGUUCAGCAAGUUAUGAUGGCAGGACAAAGUGAGGAUGAAUCUGUGGAUAGUGGUGAAGAUGAUGGAGCAGACCUCUCAACAACAAACAUCAGUGGGCUUGUUUUGGAUAACAGUGAUUCUUUGCAGUAGGAAGCAAGAGUGUGACAAAAUAUUUAGGAAAAUGAAUGGACUGACUGACUGUUUUUAUAGUUUGCACAGCAAACAUUUUACACAAGUUUUAUUUCUAAUAUGUUUUAUAUGUAGAUAUAGAAGGGUGCACUUUUUUGUAUUUCAUAGUAAGCUUAAAGAGUGUCUUUGCAGGUGCAGCAACUUCUUUCAAAUGUGUUUUUGAAUUUUGAAGAGGGGUUAGGUUUUUGGGUUUUUUUUUUAUUUCAAAAAAUUGCAUCUAAUAAUAUAAUGAUCCACAUAAAUAUCCCUUUUUUUUUCUCUCAUUAUAUUGAAAGUGCUACAAUUUCUAAAGAAUUAUGCCGUUUCAAUUAGACCUAUUGUUUAACACAACUCUUGGUUGGCUAACGAUGUAAAUUCAAAGCAUGUGUCACUUGAUCAUUAAGUUAGACACACAUUUGAAAGAUGCUUCUGCACCUUAAAAACUGCCAGUCUGAGGUGGGCAACAACAACAACAACACACACACACACACACACACACACACACACACACACACACACACACAAAAUAGAGAUGUGUGAUUCAGUAGCGAAUGUAUGACAGUUUAAAUAAGUUUAAUUUCUCUCAUAGUCAGUGAGCUUGUUUAUCAUUUGCUAUAAAAACUCCUAUUUUUACCUUGCGGGAUUAUUGGAUAAAAAAAAUAUUUUUAUAAAUUCAGUAGGAAUUGGAAUGACAACUGUAUUGAGCAUGAGAAAAAAAUUUCCAGAAGGGGAAAAUAAAUGUUUAGUAUUCCUAUUUGGAAGGUUCUGAAAAUUUGACCAAAUUUAAUAAACAUGCCUAAUGCUAGUGUUCCAUGAUUCUCUGCUAUCCCAUAGUGGUAUAGUAUAUUUGAUAAUAGCAUAAGAAGGGCCCACGGUUUGAUGGGAUUUUGAUAUUGUCAAACUUUGAUUUAUAUAUCUGUAAACUAAUGCUCAAAUUACAUUUAACUCUGUAUCUAAACUUGUAUCUGAAGAUAUUUGCUAAAUAAGUAUUCAGGUAAGUAAGUACAAUUAUCCACAAAAUUUCUAGUAAUCAACAGAGAAAUUUAAUAGUUCGUGUUUUUUCAGUCUGAUUUUUAAAAAUGAAAAACUGACUGGCUAGUUUUUCCACCUGGGUUAUGUUAUUGAAUUUGAAAUUUUUUUCCACAUACAAAAAAUAUAAUUCAUGGAUUCUAUAAAGAAUCUUUUCAAAUACAAACAUCACUACCAGAAUUUACAACAGGCUUGUAAAAAAUCCUUGUGUAUCUUUUAACAAACUCAGAACUAGUGAUGAAAAUAGAUUUAUCUGUGAUAAUGGUUAAUUUCAGUUUAUCUGCAGAUCUUGAGUUGUGUAUUGUUAUUUCUGAACACCUGUUAUUAACGCUUCAUGCUGAAAAAGUUGGGUCUUUCCCCAUUGUUAAGUGCAAAUAACUGAAGACUCAAGAAGUCUUGUAGCAGGACAGUGUGAAAAGAAGGAGGGUGCUACCUUCAAAUCUUAAGCACUGAUCAAGCAAAGCACUUAGUUAUGUGCUUAACUGUAAGCACCUACUUAAAGCCAUUCCUGUUCCACAAAAUAUCCAAGCAUGUGCUUAAAUCCCAUUGACUUCAGUGGGGUUAAACCAUAUACUUGAAAUUAAACACAUGCUUACGUGCUUUGUUGAAUUGGGGCUUUAAAGUCUGCCCUAUUGAGCAAUUUAUAGGCAGCAUGAACAGAGACCUUGACAGGAGAUGCUAAAGAAUUGUUACAUGUACACAGACGGCAAAUUUAUUUUUCAGAGGUUACCAUUAAAAAAACCCUUGUUUUACUGGCAUUGGGCUACACUCACCACUAGCAUAAGCAGCUGACUUCGCUACUAUAGCACCCACUUAUGCCUGUGAUAAAUUGGGCCUGUUGACUCAACUGCAGUAAUGAGGUAUUAUUAUGGUUAGAAUUAUUAAUUUUUUUAAAGUAUUUGUUUAAUCCAACUUCUCUGUUUUUGCCUCUAAUACCCUUUCCCUAUGUACUGAGCAGUUUAAAGAAAAUACUAAGAGUGUAUAAUGAAAGAUUUAAUUAUGAAAACUGGUAUAAUGUAAUUGAUUUAAGGCAUACUGACAAGUCCAAUUUUACCCCAAAAUUAAAAGGACACAGUCAACUUUAAAAAUCAAACUCCUAUCUGAAAACAUUUUGCCUACUAUUGUUACAAGCAACACCUAAGAUGAAUAUAACUGACAGAGAUUGGAAGCAAAUAUACUUUUCUCUAUCUUUUCAAUUUGUUUACCGUUUGCUUCUGCCAGCACUUUGUUUUCAGUGUUUCCAUGGAAGAGCCAUUUUUUCCUAUUGUAUUGUGUAUGUUUUUCAUACAACCGAAGGUGAGAGGAAAAAUAUUUGUAGGGCUAGAUUCAGCCAACUGUGUUCAUGUUUAGUAGCAGUUGAAGCCACGGUGCUGUAAAUACUUACAUACGUGAGUAGAAUAAUGUCGUGCUCAAUACAAGUAAAGCUGGCAGAAUUGAGUCCUCAAAAAAUAGGAAAAUGUGAUUUUAAAAUAUGUAUAUAUUGGCAGGGUGACUCAGGCAGGUGUAGUACCUGAAACUUUUAACUCAGUUGAAAAUAACUAGAUUUCAAGUUGAUGAUGUCCCUUUUGAUUUUACGAAAGCAAGCUUGUACAAAUCAUUACACCAAUUAAAAGUGUUUCCUUGGAUUUUUUCCUUAGUUCUAGUGGAAAUAUAUAUAUUUGUAUUCAAUAGAAUAAGUAAGCGUUCUCGCUGGUGUUUGCAGCAUUUAGCUAGUGCAUAAGUACCUGGAAAGUGAAAUUGACUGGAAAGUUACUAGUGACAAAAGAAAAUGGAGUAAUCCAUUUUUAAUGUCAGUCUCAAGAGAACUGCAAAAAGUAAACAGUAUAGUGAAAAGUAAACUAUAUUUGUAAAAUUACUUCAGUUUUAGUAAUCAGAGGUACUGUUUAACAAACUAUGGGACCCAAAUUUUUUCAAGGACUGACAUCUAAUAACUAAAACUGCAGCAUUUAAAAAGAAAUCAUGGAAAUUGUGCAAAAUUAAAACAGAUGCACUUGAUUGUAAUUAAGUUAAUUUAAGUUAUUAAUGAUUCAAUUUCAAACCUGCUUGGGAGCAAUUAAUGAAUAAUUAUUCAGUCUAUGCAAGGUGAAAGUCACCCCUCCAGCCAUAACUGUGUGAUUUAUAGGUACUCUGUUGUAUUUUUGGUCUUCUUUUAUUUUUGAUAAUCAUUCAGACAAAACAUUCAUGAAAAAUUCAGCUGGGUUUAAAGUUGAUUAGGCAAAAUAUAAUUUGGAAAGCAUGUUGGAAAUAUAUGUAACCUUAAUUCCCUCCUGAAAAUCUAAGAUGUUAAAUGCCUGAAGUUCUACGUAGUGAAACAUUUCUAUUUCUAAACAGUUCUCCCCUCUUCCAUAGUAAAUGGAAUGUAUUCAGACUGUAAUCAUCUCCCCCAAAAAGCAAAGCUAGCCAAGAAAAAUCAAUGAGAAUGCAAGUUUAACUGUAGUAUUCAAAUGAACAAAGUAAAACCUAAACAGGUAUUACUUCUGAAUUGUUAAAUGUAUAGCUGACGAGUACUCUUGGAACAUUUAGGACUUGACUGUACUUUGUUGUUGUUUCAUUGUAGAUUGAAUAGUUAGGUUGGCUUUGCCAAACCCAAAUCUGAUUUUCUAGACUUGCUAAACUCUUUCAAGAAUUUUAUUUUUCACAUUAUUAAGUAAUUUUACUCAAUCAUCCAGCACGAAGUAGAAUGAAAGAUGGCGCAAGUAUGCUGUUAAAAGGUCACCCUAACCAUGUCAUUUGGUUACCUGUGCAACAUGGAAAUACAAAUGUUGUUCUGCUCUGUAGUUCUGUAGGAUCUACUGAAAAAUCACUUUCUUCUUUUUUUUUUUUUUGACUGUGUGAGAGAGCGCGCCUUUUUACAAACUUACUAACCUUGUAGUCUACUGUCAAAAUAUUUACCUAAUGUUAGUUGAUACCCAUGUUUUCAGAUAGUAACAGAAAUGAUCCAUCAAUCUUCCACUGUUUUAGCAACAUUUUUUCUAUGAAACUGACAAUCUUUAAAAUGUGAACACUGUAAAUUUAGCUUUUCUUGGAUAGUUGUCUUUUAAGGGAUAUUGUGAAGCAACUGAUCUAUCAAAGCAAAGAAAAAUUAAAAAUCAGAACAUGCUUCAUGGAUGAUGGAUUUUUACAUGAACAGUUUCUCUGAAUGGAAAAAGCAUGCCUUGUCUUUAAACUUAAAGUAUUCACAUUGCUUUAAUUAUAUUAGCAUUAUUUAGUUCAACGUCAGUCAUAUUUUCAGGAAUCUGUAACGUAGCUGGAAAAUACCAUAUCAAACUAGUUACCCAAGAUUUUUGUGUGGGACAAUUUUUUGGCCUUUUUGUUUUGUUUACACAAAUACAGAAAAAAUGGUUUACUAGUUCUUAAUGUUUUUGGGUGGGAGAGGGAGACUGUGAUUUUUGCAGUGCAAAAACCGUUUUGAGGAAUGAAAGACUUAGCAGGUAGUUAGUCUAUGAUAUGUGUUCUUUGUUUUUGUUAAUUGUUAAUUAAAAUGGCAUGGACAUUGAACUUCCAAAACGUAGCUUUCAGGCAUGUACAGUAACUGCUUUUUCAAAACACUUUCAGAAGGAUUUUUCCUGUGCAAUGCAGUACAAGUCCUAUGUGCCAACUUGUUUUUUCAAAGGCAGAUAGACAGUUCUGGAAAUCCAUUACAAUCAUGCUCUAUUAGAUCAGAAAUCCUCACUUUAAAAAUCCUCACUUGUUUUUAUGCGAUACAGUUGCAUUUCCUCCAAAGUCAUUGCUUUGCUGGAUAUGUAAUUAUAAGUUCAUAAAAAUAUUUUCAAGAACAAAGGUUUUAUGAUUGCAACUCUGGUAUGUGUCCAUGAGAGAGAGAGAGAUUUUGUUAGUCACACUUCAUACUAGGAAUACAUUUAUAAAUAGUUAAUAAAGGGUUAAUGAUUAUAAUAAACGUUAUAGACAUGAGUAGUGUGUUAUAGUUGGUCUUAGACACAUCAGUAUUUUAUUAUGUCUUUAAUGUGACAUUGAAACCACAGAUUCAAAGCUGUCCUGGCAAUAAUUAAACUUACAAUAACCACCUAGCAGCACAGCAUAUUUACAAAUCGAUUAACUCCACCAGCCUUCCCUUAUGAAGGGCAGGUAACAAUGUACAUCAGAUGAAGACUACACAUUUAAAAAAAAAAAAAAUCUGAAAAAAGCCUUUCAGCCACAGAUCAUGGACAUACAUCCUCAUCCUUCCCCCAAAAAACUUACAAAUGGCUUUACUAGAAGGUGACAGAGAUGGCUCUAAGCAACUUAUUUCUUUUCUUGAUACCAAAACAAUUGAUUAACCACUUAUUACGGUAUCGAAGAAGCCUUUAUUAACCCUUUUUGUAAACAGUUUAUAAAUGCACCUUUUAAUAUAAAGUAGGAAUUUUUUAAAAACCUACACUUAAUAAAAGGAAACACAUACACCCACAAAAAGGUUAGAUUAACCCUCUAACUUAAACUGACACAAGCCAUAAAGUCAGAGCUCUGCCAAAUGCUUGGUCCAUCCCCCAUUUAAUAGUGCUGAGGGUGUUGCAGGACAAUGCAAGUGCCCAGUACUGCAUUCCUGGCAUACUCAAAAUCCUACUGAAGUCAGUGGGAGUUUUAAGUGUGCAAGGCAUGCAGGAUCCGGCCUGUCGUCUGUUAAAUUACCUACUAUUAGGAAACCCCUGCAAAAUCUAGAGCUGGGACAAUAGGUCAGAUCCGAACUUUACUUCUUAAAAGAUUAUUAAUGCAAAUGAGGCAUGAUCUAAAGCCUACUGAAGUCACUGAAAAAUCUCCUAUUGAAUUAAAUGGACUUUGGAUCAGGCCUAUUGUUCCCUUGACUUCAACUGGGCUAUUCACACAAGACACAGGAGAUUAGAAUAAUUUCCAGCCUUCUUUCUCAAUACGUUGGUUUGGGUUAGUUUCUGGCAGACACUGAAUGUUGCUUGAAGUAGGUUUUGUGUGACAUUAGUAUUAAAAUAAAAACAUCACAAUGGA